UGAUCGGCGGCUCAACCCCCCCACCCCCCACCCGAAACGCCCGGAUGAGAGCAGCAGCAGUAGUAGCAGCAGCAGCAGCAGCAGGCGUCAUUCAGCGCAACACGGUCGCAUGAAGUCCAGUCCUGGUGCCACCAUUCCAGGAGAGGACGUCGAGCCGAGCAGCUGGAAUCUGUGACAUUUUCGACGCAGCCCACGGAGGAAGGAACGCGGUUCUGGGAAAAUACAGGCGGCGGUAGAGGCGUGGAGGCACCGACGGAGCAGCAUUUCUCCCCUCGUGGCGUCCUAUUUCGUCGGUGAAGGAACGUGCAGACAGGCUGUCUCACCCUAAGCUAUGGAAUGCUCCCUGCACCCACCAUCACUAGUCUCCAAUCUUUGGACUGAGCUCCAAACGCUUAGUUAGCGGCUGUGCUUCUCCCCUCAAACUCUUUACAACCAGGGGACGAAGAAUAGGAGCGGGCUUUCCAAGUCCUCCGCUGAAACGCACAGAGCACUUUCUUUUUUAGAAUAUCUUAACUCUAUUUUUGCUUUUCUCCGCUUGGAUUUUUUCCCCCUGAAAUCAUAUCAAGAUGGAAAUGGAUUCAUACUUGUGGAUGGUGAUCGUCGGCUUCAUCAUUGCCUUCGUCCUGGCCUUUUCAGUGGGCGCCAAUGAUGUGGCCAAUUCAUUCGGCACGGCAGUGGGGUCCGGUGUGGUCACGCUCAAGCAAGCCUGCAUCCUGGCAUCCAUCUUUGAGACACUGGGCUCGAUGCUGCUGGGGGCGAAGGUGGGCGAGACGAUUCGGAAGGGCAUUAUAGAUGUCAACCUGUACAACGAGACGGUGCCUGUGCUCAUGGCAGGGGAGGUCAGCGCCAUGGUCGGGUCAGCGGUCUGGCAGCUAAUCGCCUCCUUCCUCAAACUGCCCAUCUCUGGGACUCACUGCAUUGUUGGCGCCACCAUCGGCUUCUCCAUGGUGGCCAUCGGCACCAAGGGCGUGCAGUGGAUGCAGCUCGUCAAGAUCGUGUCGUCUUGGUUUAUCUCCCCCCUGCUCUCUGGACUCAUGUCUGGAGUCCUCUUCUUGCUCAUCAGACACUUCAUCCUCAACAAGGACGACUCCGUCCCUAACGGCCUGCGAGCGCUGCCUCUCUUCUACGCCACAACCAUUGGGAUCAACACGUUUUCCAUCAUGUAUACUGGAGCGCCGUUGCUCGGGUUGGAGAUGCUGCCGGUGUGGGCCAUCUUUCUCAUAACUUUAGCCGGGUCGCUGGUGUGUGCAAUUCUCGUCUGGACAAUUGUUUGUCCUUGGAUGAGGAGGAAAAUAGCAAGUCGUCUAAAGAAGGAGCAGGCUCUGUCCAGGAUUUCAGACGAGAGCCUGGACAAGAUACCUGAGGAGGAGGAGGAGAGUCCCGUCUUCAAAGAGCUGCCAGGAGCCAAGGGAACAGAUGAGGCCGUGUUGCCGCUCACUGGUGGCAGCAGUGAUCGAGGGACCCGCAACUCCAGUGGAGAGCUCACCAACCUGGCUAAUGGAGGCACCGUCCUGCCAAAUGGCAGGGUGUACGGUCGGACCCACUCGAUGACCAACGGUUGCCUCAAGUCACCCAUCUCUAACGGCAGCUUCAGCUUCGAUGGCCACAUGCGCAGCGACGGCCAGGUUUACCACACAGUGCACAAGGACUCUGGUCUCUACAAAGACCUGCUUCACAAAAUCCACCUGGGCCGCAUGGACGACAACGAGCGCUCAGGCUCCAACGCCGGGCCGCCCGACAACAAUUACCGCCUGCUGCGCCGCAACAACAGCUACACCUGCUACACAGCGGCAAUAUGCGGCAUGCCCGUCCAGCCGCUCAUACGCACAGAGUCGCGUGACGACAGUGAAAAGCUGGUAGGUGAGGGGGGCGGCAGGAGCAACAGCGUGUCCUACUCCAAGAAGAGGAUACGCUACGAUAGCUACUCGUCGUACUGCAACGCCGUAGCCGAGGCUGAGAUCGAGGCGGAGGAGGGCGGGGUGGAGAUGAAGCUGGCCACGGAGCUGGAGGGGGUGGAGGAGGAAGGGGCCCCAACUCCGAUGCCUCUGGACGACUUGGCCGAGGAGGAUCAUGAAGAGAAGGACAAACCCGAGGUGUUCCAGCUUUUCCACUUCCUGCAGAUUCUCACCGCCUGCUUCGGAUCCUUUGCACACGGAGGCAACGAUGUCAGUAAUGCCAUCGGGCCUCUGGUGGCGCUGUGGAUGAUCUAUGACCAGGGCGGCGUGAUGCAAGACGCUGCCACUCCCAUCUGGCUGCUGUUUUACGGGGGCAUCGGCAUCUGCGCCGGGCUGUGGGUGUGGGGCCGCCGCGUCAUCCAGACAAUGGGGAAAGACUUGACUCCCAUCACCCCCUCAAGGUGGGAUCGGUCGUGGCCGUGGGUUGGAUCCGCUCCAAGAAGGCGGUGGACUGGCGCCUCUUCAGGAACAUCUUCCUGGCCUGGUUCGUCACGGUGCCGGUGGCCGGCCUGUUCAGCGCCGCCGUCAUGGCCCUGUUUGUCUACGGCAUCCUGCCCUACGUCUGAGGGUGCACGGCCGGGAGGGAUAACACAGGAGGAAAGAGAGAAUCAGAGAGAGAGAGGGAGACUAAAAAUCAUAGCUGGAGUGUCAGGGGUACAGAGAAAGGAGGAAGGAAGCGAAGAGAACGAAAGGGCGAGGGUGACGGCGAGGAGAAGGAAGAGAGAGAGAGGGAGGGCGCUGCAGAGGUUUACACAUGGACUUGGUUGUACUGUGGAUGUGAGGAGGGUUGGUUCACCUGCUUCCUGGCUCCAGAGUCCAAAGAUCUUUGCGACUCAUUUGAGUUUCUGAUCGGUUUUUAUUUAUUCUCUUUUUGGGGGCGCAUAAGAAAGUGUGUAACCAUUCAAUCUGCUGUACAUACGAUUUCCAGUAACUUUUAACAGGAAGUAUAACAGGAACUAUAGUUACUGGGGAAACAGUGUCACUCUCUGUCUCUUUCUUUAAAAAAAAAACCUGCACACGACUUAAAUUGAUCAAAACCAGCUAAUUCUGCAGAAGUAAACUGACAAACAUGCCUGCAGCGAAACUAUAUCCCUCUGCCUGCGAUCACAGGUAGCUUAGGCAGUCAAGUGCUUAUUAUUCCAAAAUGCCAGGAAAAAAAAAUCUGUACAUAUUGUUGUUAUUGGAUGGAGUGUGAUUUAUUGUAUUGCAGCUUGCUUUAAAAUUCAGAAAAAAAAAAAAGAAAUGAAAAGAUGUGCGUGGUCAACCAACCCAUCCGUCAUCUCACUGUUAACACGCUCGCCAGGUACAACUGGGGCCAAACGGAAAGGACGCCUCAGAGAGGGGUGGUGGGACUGUCGCUCUGCUUUCUUAUUUUCCACGAUACCAUAGAAACCUGAUUUGCUAAAGAGUUGAUUUUUUUUUUUGUCAAAAGCUCCUGUAUGUUUUUAGAGAUGGAUCUCGUAUUUUUUAAUGAUGUAUUAUACUGUAAUUUGUACUGUAAAUACUGUCCUUAAGAGUUUUGGGGCGGAAUUGGGGAUCAUGGUUUGUAUUUAAUGUCGUAGGGUGGGGUUUGGGGGCUUUUCACCUCUUCAUGAUGUCAUAUUCUAGAGUAUGUUUCAUCCCAGACACGCACAGUAGAGUACACACACAUACACACACACACACUCAUGAACGCACACACUUGACAGGCUGCUGUUUUUCCGUGGUCGGUGGAAGUAUGUUUCCUGAAUGGAAAACGGUAUUUAAAUUCAAAGGAAUCAAUUGAAUCCAUCCUCGAAGUGGAGAGAUGCCGUUGUGUUGGAUUUUAUCUCAUCAGUGAAUUCAUCAGUAUUGCCAGAAAGUUCUUUAAAGAACUUGAUUGUUUAGUUGGGUUUCAGAUGGCGAUGUUUGAGGGAGGUUGCUCUGCUACAGCAGCACCAUGCCAAAGUACGCUGCGUUGUCGCCAAUUUAAAGUAGAUUAAUUUAAAGAUUUAAGUGCAGCAGAAGCCAAAAUAUUAUAUUACAAAUGAGGCAAAUAUCAACUGAAAUGUUCACAUAUCUGCAUCUGUUUGCCUUUAUUUUCAUAUACAUAAAUAUCUGGAGUCAUUUCCUCACAUUGACGGCUCCCUGCCAAGAUCUGUCCGCCGUAUACGUUUCCCUCAACCUCAAGUCUCGUCCCCCUCGAAUCUGAGGUGCGUCCGUCAAGAUGCCUCCAGAAGUUAAAGCCUUGUCGUUUCAUAUCAAACACUUAAAAAAAAAAAAAAAA